GGCUUUUGUUUGGAUUGCAGCGUGCAAAAUUACAGCUGUUCAGAGGAGACUCAUUACAACUCCUGCUGAAGUCCUUAUCUUCCUCCCUUCUCUUCUGCCCCUACCCCCUACCCUCAUUGGCCUGAAGACAUUGUACCCAGAGUUUGCCUUACUCCCCUGGUGCUAUGUGUAUGGUAAACCUGGUACUAUGGCCGCAUCUGGGACUGGCCAGACAACUGCUGCUGGUUCUCCCUAUUCCAAGAAGGAUUUAAAGGGGAAUUGCACUGCAGGCAAUGCACCAGAGCAGCAGCAGCAGGAGCUUGGGGACUAAGGCUCCUCGGGCGUUAUUGCAGACACACAGAGCUGACCGCAAUGACAGCAGCUGCUCCUUUGAACUGUUGGCAGCAGCCAAGCGGCAGCAUGAAGUGAAAGAUCACUCCUGAGCUCAAGAUGAACUCUACCUUGGAUGGUAAUCAGAGCAGCCACCCUUUUUGCCUCUUGGCAUUUGGCUAUUUGGAAACUGUCAAUUUUUGCCUUUUGGAAGUAUUCAUUAUUGUCUUUCUAACUGUGUUGAUUAUUUCUGGCAACAUUAUUGUGAUUUUUGUAUUUCACUGUGCACCUUUGUUGAACCACCAUACUACAAGUUAUUUUAUCCAGACUAUGGCAUAUGCUGACCUCUUGGUUGGGGUAAGCUGUCUGGUCCCGUCUUUAUCACUCCUCCACUACCCGCUUCCAGUAGAGGAGUCCUUGACUUGCCAGGUAUUUGGUUUUGUAGUAUCAGUUCUGAAGAGUGUCUCCAUGGCCUCUCUGGCCUGUAUCAGCAUCGAUAGAUAUAUUGCCAUCACUAAACCUUUAACCUAUAAUACCCUGGUUACGCCCUGGAGACUUCGUCUGUGUAUUUUCCUGAUUUGGCUAUACUCCACCCUGGUCUUCCUGCCUUCCUUUUUCCACUGGGGCAAACCUGGAUAUCAUGGAGAUGUGUUUCAGUGGUGUGCGGAGUCCUGGCACACUAACCCCCACUUCACCCUGUUCAUCGUGAUGAUGUUGUAUGCCCCAGCAGCCCUCAUUGUGUGCUUCACCUAUUUCAACAUCUUCCGCAUCUGCCAGCAGCACACAAAGGAAAUCAGCGAAAGGCAAGCCCGCUUCAGCAGCCAGAGUGGGGAGACUGGGGAGGUGCAGGCCUGUCCCGAUAAGCGCUAUGCUAUGGUCCUGCUCCGAAUUACUAGUGUGUUUUACAUCCUCUGGUUGCCAUACAUCAUCUACUUGUUAUUGGAGAGCUCCACUGGCCACAGCAACCGCUUCGCAUCCUUCUUGACCACCUGGCUUGCUAUUAGUAAUAGCUUCUGCAACUGUGUCAUUUAUAGUCUUUCCAACAGUGUCUUCCAAAGGGGACUAAAGCGCCUCUCAGGGGCCAUGUGUACUUCUUGUGCAAGUCAGAUGAUAGCUAAGGACGCUUACACAGUUAGAAGCAAAGGCCCCCUUAAUGGAUUUCAUGUCUGAAGUGAUUCAGAUAUAGGGUUACUGUGUGGUGCCUGUGUGUGUGUGUAUGUGUGUGUGUGUGUUUCCUUUUUAUCUUUUUGUAUUUCUAGUUCACUGGGAAAUAUGGGACAAAAUAAUUUGACUCUAAGCAAUAGCUAACAAAUGACCCAUCCAAAAUACCUUUUAUGUUUGCAGAAAUGAUUUUUUUUUUUAAUGCUUUUGAAUAAGGAGAAUUAGGACCAUGAAGAUAAAUUGCUCUUGGUUCCAAUUUUCAUAAUGUCAUGGAAAUGACUGUAUUUCUCAGGCUUAAAACGAAUAAAGCCAUAUCUAACACC